GCGGUAUUUUGCGUCUCACCGCCGACCACUGACCACCGACCGCUGCGGAUCCUUGCUGUGUGUUUUGUUCUCAUCGCCAUCGGCGUGCUGGAAAGGACCAUCCUAGGCAACAAUGCCCCUUAACACCCGCGAUUCCCGAUUCGGAUAGGCACUCACACACACACCCUUAACUGCAAAUCGCGCUUCCGUUCCGGAUCCGGAUUGCAGACAACAAUCAACAAUCAGCCAUCAGGAUGUCGAUCGGUGGUGGCCUGCGAGCGGUGUGGCGCUUUCUGCACUGGGGACCGUUGACCGCGAUAGGGAUCAUCAAAUCGAUCACCCUGAUGACGCUGUACAUGAAUGCAAUGUGGUGGCCGGCGGACCGUUCGUUAGCCGGCUUCCUGCACCAGACCCUGUUCAUCGUGCUGUCCGCGAGCACGGGCUUCAACUUCGUGAUGGCUUCGCUGACCGGGCCGGGCUUUCUGCCGCUCCGGUGGCAACCGGAACGCUCGGCCGACCAGCAGUACCUGCAGCAGUGUGAGGUGUGCGAGGGCUGGAAGGCACCGCGGUCACACCAUUGCCGCAAGUGCAACCGGUGCGUCAUCAAGAUGGAUCACCACUGCCCGUGGAUCAACAACUGUGUCGGGUGGGCAAACCACGGUUACUUUACCGCCUUUUUAGCGUGUGCCGUGCUCGGGUGCCUGCAGGCCACCAUCAUCCUGUCGUCUUCGCUGUACGUCGGUCUGUAUCGCGACUGGUACCUGUACUACGGGCACUACUCGAAAGUGUCGGUACAGCUCGGCAUGUGGAGCCUGGUGCUGUGCGUGUUCAACGUGGGACUGGCGAUUGGUGUCAUCAUCACGGUCGGCGCACUGCUGGGGUAUCAGGUGCGGGCGAUCCUCAACAAUCGCACUGCCAUCGAGGAUUGGAUCCUGGAGAAGGCACGCUAUCGGCGCGAUCGCACCAACGAGGUUUUCUGCUACCCGUACGAUCUGGGCCGCUGGCGUAACAUGCGCCAGGUGUUCUACACCUCCUGCUCCCCGGCCGGCGACGGUAUCGAGUGGCCCGUCGUCGAUGGAUGCGAUCAGUACACCCUUACGCGCGAGCAGUUGGCGCAGAAGGAGGAAAAACGAGCGCGCACCAGAACGUACACCAUCAGGCGCACGGUAACGGGUAGCUGGGUGCCAUUGCUGUCUCAAGGAUUCAAGGUCUGCUGUUCACCACCGCUCACCGACGAGCCACGUAUCAAGCUGGCCAUCGGAGACGUCGUACGCGUUACUCGAUGGAGAAAGCACUGGCUGUUUGGCGAGAAGGUAUUAACGGAGCAGGAGCUUGAGCGAACGGAAAAGGGCAAGCGACUGCGAGGGUGGUUUCCCCGGCAGUGUGCCGUUCAGUUGGCUGAGGAUGACUACGACCUGACCGAGGAGCAGCAACAACCGCACCAACAGCACCACCAACAUGCGAUGGCGGGCACAUCGAACAAAAAGGACAGUUAGAGCAGCAACCGCAAACAAAACGAGUUGGCGCGUGAUCCCGGAAAACCCCCGUUUAAUAUUACCAAUUGGGCCAGGUACAUUUUAUGUAGCUAGUGUUGGGUGAAAAGGGAGGCUUACCCCCUCGCUUACCGCUCAUCUUGCGUUGCGGAGGGCUGCUCCUUCGCUCCUUGCAAAGAGUAUUUCUAUCCAACACUAUCCCGUAUCGCAAGUUUCUGGAUUAUGCUACGAGUAUUAGGAAGAUAGGAACCGGAUUCAAACAAGUGCUUCGAAUAAACACAAGCUCGACAUUCGAUUGCAAUCGCUUA